AUGGAACCCUCGCCUUGCUCUCUCGGUAGCACCCACGGCAACACCGAUCGCAGCAGCAGUACGCCCAGCAGCACCGAAUCCACACCGCGUCCACCGUGUCCGCCAUGGAUAGGCAUAAUUUCGCCAGCACCACCGCUGCACGACGGUUCUGUACAGGCGGCGCGCCGCGAUGCCAGCACACGCUGGCCGUGCUGCUCGCGAGCGGAUCCGAGUUCUGCCCGCAAUGCCUGUCAGAGACGCUCUCGGUCCCGGGCCUGGCGACGCACAAUAUCAUAUCGGCGCGCUUCUUCCUCGACACGCUGCGAUCGGAGCCGGACCUCUGCCGCCUCGUCGCGUCCGAGUCCCACUACCUCCUCGCGGUUCCGCUAGUGCAGGCCGUCGCGUGCGCGCGCGACGAGGAGCUGGCGGCCACGAUAGUGGACCUCGUGGUGUUCCUCGCCAGCAAGGGCCCCGCGCGAGGCGGAGGCGGGCAGAGCGACGCGAGCGCGGGCGACGAGGGGCUGCUGGUGGAGAAUCUGGUGCGCGCGGUGGCGGUGGAGAUGGACAAGAUCCCCCUCGCCUCCGCCACCAGCGGCCACUGCUUCCUGAUGGUUCUUCUGGGCAAGCUCCUCACCGUCACGUGCAACCGCCACAGCGCGCUGCCGCCGUCGCUGGCGCAGCAGAGCAGCCUUUGGAGCCACGUGGUGGGCACGCUGCACAAGCAGACACAGGACAGCAUUCGAGCGGAGAGUCUGUUCGUGCUGCACAAGCUGUGCAGCCUGGCGGGCGGCAUGCAGGUGCUGGAGGAGCAGGUGCCGGGCAUCAUGUGCGCCGCCAUCGCCAUUCUCCUCGCCACCCACUCCAACGACGUCUCCGCCAACUGCGUCGGCCUGCUCACCGCCCUCUGCGCCCCCGCUCGCCCAGCCUUCACCCUCUCCUCCCUCGCCCAGCUAGACCACCGCCCAGGGUCGCAGCGCCCGGGUGCAGCAGGCACGGUGGGGCUGGGGUCACAGGGCUCCAUGGCGGUGGGGUCUCAGAGCCAGGCCGUGCUCACGCAGGGGAAGGAGCCCCUAGGGCUGCGCGUGAUGCUGUGCGAGGGGCUCAAGAAGACCCUCCUCGCUGCUGACUCCGCCCUGCAGCUCGCCGCCCUGCACCUCAUCUCCCAACUCGCUCUCUCCUGUGCACCCUCAGAUGAUGGCACAGGCUCGGAUGGACGGUCCGGAUUCGACUGGGUGGCGAGAGAAACGUGGGAGGAGGACUGGUGUAAGCAGGGCGGUGCGGAAGGGGGUGAUGGUGGGGGGACGGUGGAUGAGCAGGGAGCAGCAGCGCUGCAGGCGAUGCUGGACGAGGGCCUGGCAGAGCACAUCUUCGAGUUGCUCAGAUCCACCGAUACUGGUCUAGUGGCGGACCCUCUUGUGCCAGCCGCGCUCUCCUGCCUGCUGCACCUCGCAGCAUCUCCUGGAGCUGCCGGGCAGACAUUUGCACAGCGCUUUGUGUUUGGCUUUGACACACUGGCCGCGCUGCUGCGCAACGCCAUUCAGGCCAACGACUUCCACCUGCAGGCGCUCUCCGUCUCCAUCUUCCUGCACGCCCUGCGCUCCGCCCGCACGCUCCCAAGAGGCACUACCCAGUUUCCUCCAGCCAAAUUGCACGCCUUGGCGUCCGCCCUGGCAGAGGUGGUGCGGCGGUUCUGCAUGGAUGCAAGGGAGAGGAAGCGCUGGGUGCUAGACCAGAUGGAAGCCCUCUCCACCGCCUGUCUGGCCCUUGCUGUGCUCGCCACGUGGCAGAGCAUCACUGGUGCAGAGUACGUGCAGGUGGUGCGAAUGCUGGAGCAGUGUGUGGGCGAUGCAGCCUCCAUACUGUCAGCACUUCAGGAUGGGCCGAGCACUGCGGGCGCACUGCCAAGCACAGGGGGCAAGUUCCAAGGGGGGGCCUCGUCAGCCCUCCCUGCAGUUGCAUCUGGUACUGCAGGUGGCACGACCGCAGGCAACAGAGAUGCGGUGGCUCUGGCUGUUCUCACGUUCCUGCACGGCUGUGCCCAGCGGUUAAUGCCGGGUGACGCCAACUCACUUUACCCUGCUGCUCCUGCUGCUGCUGCAUCAGGUGCUGCUGCUCUGACAUCCUCCCAGCAAGACGUGGGGCUGCUGGCGAUGGUGGGGGGAUCACAGGGCGCUCCCAUUUUCCACAGCAGCCAACAGGAGGGUGCAGGUAGGGCCGCAGCAGGCACUGGUAGGACUGGAGGGGGAGGGUCGUAUAUGCGAGUUGCCAGUGACAAGACUCAAGAGUGGGGUGUGGAGGCACCCUCUAAGCCGUCCACAGCAGUGGAGGGCUGCGUUGAGGACAUAGCUGCUGCGCUUAUGGCUGCUGCAGACAUGCACGUGGCUCCCUUCAUGCUCGCGCUGCACCCACACCCGCAGCCCCCACCUGGUCACAUGCACGCGCCCCAGCGAGCACCACCAGCAACAGCGGCGGCGCCAUUCUCCGACCCUGCAGCCAUUCUCUCGCGCGCAUACGAUGUGCUGAGCCACGUCCUGGCGUGCUCCCUCCCCUCCCUUGCCCCUGUGGCCCGCCAGUUCGCAGCCAAGCUGGCCUCUAGCUGGACGCUCUCCCUUGUCUUCUCCUCCCUGCACUCCCUCCACCCGCCCGCUGCCUCCUCGCUUGCAGCCCCGUCCUGGCUCUCCCAGUCGGUCGCGCCCCAGGCACCAGAGAUCAGCAAGUGGGACGUGCUGCGCAGGGCUAGUCUGCGCUUCGCAGUGCUGCUGUCUGCCGUGGCCGCCACAGGCGAGGAGGGGCGACCGGCUCUGCAGUGGAUGGUGGGCGUGGCAGGGCUAGAGUGCAUGCCAUGGGCCGUGAAUGACAUGGUGCUGCUGCUAGCGGAGGGCAGGGGCGAAGCAGAUGGAGGAAAUGGCAGGCGAGACAUGCAAUGGCGCUACCAGGGGGGUGGGCACAGGGAGGGGGGUGCAGGCGAGGAGGAGGAGGUGCAGGCAGUGCAGUGGGUGGUGCUGCUCAUACUGUACGCUGCUGUGCAGUUCGACGACAGGCUGGUGGACUACGACGAAAUGUUCGGCGCCCUUCAGAGCCUUGUGCUCUCCAACCGCAUCCCCCCACUCGGAUCCCUGUUCCCCGCCCUCUCCUCCCUCGCUCCUUCUCGCCUCAACCACCUCGCAGACGCAUACGCAUCCCCCCCCACCCCCCCCGUGCGCUCCACUUUCUUCCUGCUCGUGUUCCUCGCGCUGCACGCGCUGCUGCGCCGCUGCUGCUCUGGCAUGUCCUUUGAGGCGGACCACCGCCUGCUGCGCUUCCUGCAGCACCACGCUGCCGCUCUCUCCUUCCCCUUGCCCGCCUGGCACGUGGCCCUCCCGCACUGGAUCCUGCUGCAGGACGGCCUAGAGGAGUUGAGUCACAGCCUCAUGCGCGCCUGGCUCUGCUCUGCUGCUGCUUCUCUGCAGCCGCCCUCUGCCCCAGGCCCAUCCCAUGGUGCAAGCACUGCACCACUUCUAGCUGGUAGCAGUCAGCCCGCGUCGUGGGAGGCAGGCAAGGGUUUCGGCGGUGGUGCAGGUGAUGAUGAAGGUUCGGAGCUAGAGGCGCUGGGUAGCUUGCUGUGCCACGACAGUGCCGGUGGCGAUGAGAGCAGCAUUGAGGUGCAUGCGUGGAAUGGGGAGCAGGCGCAGGAGGCAGAGAGGCGGUGUGCUUUGGUGGUGGCAGGGGUGGUGAGGGAGAUGUGGCGGGUGAGGGGGGAGUGGCAGCAGCUGGCGCAGGUGACUCGUGCACUGGCGACUCUGGUGGACAGGCAUCCCCGCAUCAGUGCACAGCUGGAGCAAGGAGCGCUGUCAACCAUGUACAUAGAGGCCAUGCUGCUGAGUGGCUCGCAGCUGCCGCUCCCACUGCUGCUCAGCGCGCUGCACCUGCUGGCGCGCCUGCUCUCCCACCUGCCCCCAAAGCCACCCGUGCCUCACCACAUGGGAGGGCGGCUGCAGCAGUCGCCGCCGCCACACCAUGCUACUGCGUGGGAGCGGCUGGCGCAACAGGUUCUGAUUGUCGUUGAGCCAUUGGUGAGAGGUGGCGCUGGUCCCAUCGCUGCUGCUAACACCCUCUCACAGCAGCUGCAGCAGCAGCAGCACUAUAGCCAGCCAUGCUGCCAGCCACAGGUUCAUAUGAGUGGCGGUGGCGAGGCAGCGAGAGAGCAGGAGGAGAGUGGUGAGCGGGAGCAGGUGUUGGUGGGGGCGUUCAACGUCAUCAACGCCUUGCUCUGGCAGGCAACGGCGCUCUAUAGCGCAGGCGGAGCAGACCCACGUGACUACAACGCGGGGAAUGGGGCAAGAUCGGGCAGGGCCCAUGCAGUAGGCAGUGGGCAGCUGGGUGCGGUGCUGAGUGCGAACAAGGACGUGCUGAACGCGUGCGUGACCAUCAUGAGCUGCACCGCUGUGCUCGACUUCGCUGAGCAGUGCAUCACCGCUGCAGCACGCGGCAUCUGUGGGGCGAGCGACGGCCCACAGGACGUGGCAGCAGCUGCUGGGGAGGGGAGACAAAAGGGAGGAUGUGAGGUAGUGAUGGUGCAGGCGAGAGGGAGAGGGAGCGUGUGGCAGGGCUACUCGUGUCGUGUCCUGCUCUCCUGCCUUACCUUCUUCAAUCUGCGUGUCUCAUGGGUGCUUGCUCUCGAGGCUACCUCCACUCUUCCCUCGGGCAUUCGUCCCUUGAAUCUCGCCUUGCGCUUCUCCCCUCCAACACCGCAACCAGCAGCAGCAGCAGAGAGCGCCACUCCCCCUGCCACAGUGUGUGCCAGUCAGGGCGACCCAUCAGCCCCCAAGAGGCCGCAGCAGCAGGAGUGCCCAGCUGCCUUGUGCUUGGCUUCAGCGUCCGACUUCGCUGCCAUUCUGCUGGCGGCAGCAGCAGGGCAGCUGCCUGCGACGCUGGCAGCAGGCAGCAGAGGGCGGGCGGUGGGAGGAGCAGCAGGGCAAGGCAAUGGCCCUGGAAACGGCAGUGGUGGCGUGAAUGGGAGUGGGGACGAGAGCAAGGGAGGUGAGGGCGGGUCUUGGGCGGGGAGGGCAGGUGGCACAUGCGGGUAUGGCAGCACGCAGGAUGCAUUUGUUGCUGCCGACCUUGCUUCCCGUGCGCUGCUGUCGUGCCUCUCCUCCCUCGCUGUCCCUGCACAUGGCUCGUCACCGCACCACCAUGCAGUGCCACUGCCAUUGGACCAAGGCGCCUCAGCUACCUUUCCCCAACCUGCCUUGACACUGUCGCUGCCUGCACCUGGGAACACCUCAGGUGCAAGCAACCCACAGCUGGAUAAACAAGAUAGCCAGUAUGACUUGGCAUCCUAUCAGCCCUCUCCCCUGACCCCUCCUACUCCGUCCUCAACCUCCGCACUUCCCUCGCUGCCCUCCACUGUCCUCUGGCCUAUUGCUGCCGCACUGCAGCAUGCUGCCUCGUGCCCCCACCCCCCUGUGCGCCGCAACACGUGUGCCGCGCUCUCCCUGCUGCUGCGCUGCUUCGACCUGCGCUCUGUGGCCCGCCCCCUUGCAGCCAGCCCAUGGACGCGACUGCUCCUCGACGAUGCCCUUGCCUCCAUCACCGCCGCAGCUGCUGCCACCACUGCCCUGCCUGCUGCUGCUGGUAACUCUUCUGGUGCCACUGCCAAUGCAGCCGUGCCGGACGCGGCAGCAAUGCGGGAUGGUGAGAUGAGGCCUGCUGGGGACCCAGAGGGAGCACACGCACGAUCGUCGUGCUCCCCUUCCCCUGCCAUGCUCGGCCUCCUGCUCUCCCACGCCCUGGCAACCCUCCCCAUCGCUGCUGCCUGCCUGCACCUCGCCCCACCCAACGCCCCGCCCCGAUGGCUCUCCCACAUCUUCCAACCUGCCCGGGUCUCUGCCCUGGUGGGCUCGCUCUGGCGGACCCGCCAGCUCUCUCUGCCCGCCCUUGCUACGUGUCACCGGCUCAUUGGUGCAGGCCUGCUGCCUCGCUCCCUCCUGCCGCAGCUCCUGGACCUUGCUCAGGCACAUUCCCGGGCACAGCCACAGCAGAGCAUGUGCAGCAACACCGACAGCGAUGCCUGCUCUUCCACCUCCACUGCCCGCCUUCUCUGGCUGGCUACCUGCCUUGUGGUGCAUGACCUCCCUACCCCCGCCGCUCUCUCCUCUCCCUGCCUCAUAGUCAUGGACCCCUCACUCCCUGCUACCCUGCCACACCAGAGCUCUGCUUUUCUUGCCCUGCACGCCAAGGUGCCUCGCUGCACACAGUAAGACGCACUGCCUUGCUUCUAGCUGGGCCUGCAGCACUGUUGGAUCGUGAGGUGCAUGCAGUUAAGGAAUCUUGAAAAGGCUUUGGCUCAUUGCUCCAUUGUAGUCAUGGAUUCCAACCAGGGCCCACGAUAUCAGGAAUUUUACGCUGAUUACGCUUUUUUUCCGAAGUCCCUGCUUGUACCAACCCUGAUGAAUCAGCCUAA